UGAAACAUUCCAAGAUCUGCUGGUAAGAAAUUUACCAUGGCGGAGGCCAUCUUCUCGGCGGUAGUCGGCGACAUGGUGGGCAGGGUGAUCUCGCUUCUCGCCGGCCGCUUCAGCGACCAACAGAGCACCAGUGUCAAGCUGCAGAAGAUAAGUCGUAUGCUUGUCAGGAUUCACAGCGUGGUGGAGGAGGCCAAAGGGAGGCACAUCACAAACCAUGUUGUCCUCGAAUGGCUCUCGGAGCUCAACGACGGUGUGUACCAGGGUCGUUAUCUGCUGGACACGAUCAGGUGCGGAGAGCCGGAGCUCGAAGACGGGCAUGGUGACAAGGUAGCAGCACAGCCUUUCUCUCUGUCCUUGUUUAAUCCUGCAAAGCGCGUGCGUGUCGCCACGAGCACCGUGAAGUGCAUACUGCCUCGCCAUGACGCCGGUGUCGAUGAGAUCGACACGGUGCUAGAGAGCUUGCAAAGCAUAUCUGAUGAUCUCCGGGAGUUCAUGAUGCUCCUGCAAGGCUGCAAGCGGAUCCGCCGCCCUUUGGCUACCAACAUCUUUGUGGACGGGCAGAUGUUUGGCAGACAUGUCGAGAAAGAAAGGAUCAUCAAUUUCUUGCUUGACGACCACGGUCCAUGCAUCACGGGGAAGCUGCCUUUGCUCCCAAUUGUUGGUGACAUUGGAGCUGGGAAAACUACCUUGGUGCAGCACGUCUGCGAUGAUGCCAGGUUGCGCAACCGCUUCCCAAUAAUCAUGCUGUUUAAUUUCUCAUCUACCUACGCUAUGGCGAUGGGUCGACCAACUGUUGUUCUGAAAUCCAAACAUGUGAUUGGAGGGUCUGGAAAGCUUAAUCAUCCGCUGCAAGUGCUCAACGAGAAUUUCCGCAAGAAGCGGUUCCUGAUGGUGUUCGAGGAUGUUGACAUGCACAGGAAGCAAAUGCUGGAGGAGCUCUUGCCAAGCCUGAGACAUGGCAAACAGGGGAGCAAGAUCAUACUCACCACCAACAACAGGCGUGUCGCCGCUGGCAUGGGGACAGUGGAGCCAGUCAAGCUGAAGGUCUUGCCACACCCAGAGUACUGGUUCUUCUUCAAGGCGCAUGCCUUUGCUGCCACGGACAUUGAGGAGAACCCGAGGCUGCUGGCUGUAGGCAAAGCCAUUGCAUGGAAGCUAAAUGGAUCAUUCUUCGGCGCAAAGAUCGUCGGAGGGGUGCUGAAAGCCCAUCCAAAUCUACAGCUCUGGUGUAAGAUUCUGAGAAGCAAUAUCGGGGGUUUGUCCUUGUUGGGUGAUGGCCUUGGAUACAUUGCGGAUUUGGCAGAAAAUCUGCUGCCAAGUCAUGUAAAGAUGCGCCAGCUGAUUAUAUCCAAGAAACCGCUCUCCUCGACACAGCCUGAGUUUGCCAGGUUACAUGAUAUGCUUCUGCCAAGCCCUGAUGCAGCAUCAGCAGACCAAGAAAGCUGGAGUGCAGAUGUUCAAAAUGCAAAAGUGUUGUUGUGCAGGUCAGUUAUGCCAUUCUUUUGCCUGGACUACAACGCCCAUUGCACUUUUUGUGCUGUUUUCUACCGUCCUUUCAUUUCAGCAUCGCAUCCUCUUAGAAACCUCUUCUUUUACUUGUUCCAAAUAGUCCUUCGGUACAAAUGGUCGCCUGCUUCCAAGCGAGCUGGACUUCCAGCACAGGCUUUCCAAAAGCUAACAAAUUUCAUACCAAAGCAGAUUGAAGUAUGA